AUGAGAAAAGACUCUGUAAUAUCAAAUAUUGCAAAAGAUCUUGGAUUAGAAAUUAUUAAUCUGUCAUCUAGAAAACUGCAGCUUGUGUCCCAUGUUUCAGAAAAAUACUUUUAUGUGGAUCUAGGUAAUGGUAAUCUGUUUGUAAAGAACAGGAUAGACAGAGAGAUGCUGUGUGGGAAAGCAACUAUCUGCUCCAUAACAUUUGAUGCAAUGGUUGAAAAUCCCUUGUAUUUCUUCAAUAUCAAUAUAGAAAUUCAGGACAUAAAUGAUAAUGAUCCAAUGUUUUUUCAUGAUACUAUUACUGUAGAAAUUAUUGAAUUUACUCUACCAGGUGCUAGAUUUGCUUUACAAAAUGCAGAAGAUCCAGAUAUUGGUAUUAAUUCAGUACAAACAUACCAGCUUGGUGAUAACCAAUAUUUCACUUUGUCUGAAAAAACAAGACCAGAUGGAAGUAAAUUUCCAGAACUUGUAUUAGAGAAAUCUUUAGAUCGAGAGACACAAAAUAGUCAUGAAUUAAUUCUUACAGCUUUAGAUGGGGGAAGCCCACUUAGGUCUGGGACAUCCCUAAUUAAAAUAAUUAUUACAGAUGCAAAUGAUAAUGUUCCAAUAUUUUCUCAAGAAUUGUAUAAAGUCAGUGUCAAUGAAAAUACUUCUAUGAAUUUAACUUUAAUCAAGGUAGAGGCAACAGACAAAGAUGAAGGCACCAAUGCACAGAUCACAUAUUCAUUUAGUAAAAGCUCAGAAAGCAUUCAUCAUACAGGUAUGUUUAGCAUCAACUCUACAAAUGGAGAAAUUAUAACAAACAGAAAUUUUGAUUUUGAGAAGAUAAAGAAUUAUGAAUUAUCCAUACAAGCCAAAGAUGGAGGAGGACUUGUCGCCUAUGCCAAGGUAUUAAUUGAAGUUGUAGAUAAUAAUGAUAAUGCUCCUGAGAUUAUCAUUACCUCAUUAUCUUCUUCUAUUCCUGAGGAAUCUGAACCUGGAACAGUGAUUGCUGUUGUAAGGGUCCUUGAUCAAGAUUCUGGGGAAAAUGGGGAAAUUGACUGCCAAAUUACAGAGAAGGUACCUUUUGAGUUAAUUCUGUCAUCUAACAGAUUCUAUAAGAUUGUUACUACAAAAAUCAUGGAUAGAGAGAAAAUAUCUAACUACAACAUAACUAUUGUAGCUACUGACAGAGGCUCUCCCCCACUUUCCAAUAGAAGAACCAUCAUAUUAGAGAUAUCAGAUACUAAUGACAAUCCACCAGUGUUUAUGAAAUCCACUUAUGUUGCUUAUGUAUCAGAAAACAACUUACCUGGUGCCUCAAUAUACAGUGUAAAGGCUUCAGAUCCUGAUGCUGGUGACAACGCUAAAAUUAUGUAUUCAAUUUGUAAUGCAAAUACAGAAGGUCUCCCAGUUACCAACUAUUUGUCUAUUAAUAUAGAAACUGGAGUUCUCUAUGCUCAGAGGUCAUUUAAUUAUGAACAAAACAAAGAGUUUCUAUUACAAGUAACUGCUAGAGACAAUGGAUCACCUUCUCUAAGUAGCAAUAUCACAUUGAUUAUCCGAAUUGUAGAUCAAAAUGACAAUGCACCAAAAAUCCUAUACCCUUCACCAGAAAAUGGCUUAGCUAUGUUUGAGAUGGUCCCUUUGUCCUCUGAACCUGGAUCUUUAAUAACAAAAGUUGUUGCAGUGGAUGAAGAUUCUGGGCAUAAUGCUUGGCUGUCUUAUCAUUUUAUACAAGUCUCAGAACCAUUUUACUUUAUCAUUAAUGAACAUACUGGAGAAAUCAGGACAACACGGAUCCUUCAAGGAAAGGAUAUACUGAAUCAUAAAGCUGUGGUGAUGGUAAAAGACAAUGGAGUCCCUGCUCUUUCAGCAACUACCACCUUAAGUUUUGUUAUUGCAGACAGUUUUCAGCAGGUGGUUCCUAAGAUUAACAGCCAUACUCAUGAUGGAAAUUCUGAUUCAAAUCUGCAGCUAUACUUAUUGGUUGCCUUAGCACUAAUAUCCUUCUUUUUUAUCAUAACUAUUAUGGUGUUUCUCAUAGCAAAAUGCAGAGCUUCGAAAUCCUCAACAACUUCUUUUAGUACAAGUUUGUAUCCUCCCAUGGAUCCAAGAGUGCUCUCCAUGUAUAGUGAUGGAACAUUAUCACUCCCUUACCCAUAUAACUUCUGUGUGACUUUGGAUUCAGCAGACAAUGAUUUUACUUAUGUUCCACCAAAUCAAAACGUCCCUGUGGAAAAUUUAAUUGAUACUGAUGAGUCAGGAUGUGGAAAAGAAAAUGGAAAGGAACCAUUGACUGCCAAUAGUGCUAACCAGGUGAGUCAUCCAUCAUAA